UAGCUGUCAAAUAAAAAUGGUCGUAAAAUUUUAGGCCCUUCUUGUGCGAUUAUGGUAGAUGGCGGGAGUGAUCCCGUGUGAUAUAACUGUGAAUUAGUUUUAGAUUUUAGUGAUAAUUAAAUAAUAGUAACUAAAAAUGACUAGAGCUAAAAUAGAACUCGGCGACGUGACCCCGCAUAAUAUAAAACAGCUAAAGAAACUAAACACCGUCGUGUUCCCAGUGUCUUACAAUGACAAGUUCUACAAAGACGUAUUGGAGGCUGGUGAGUUAGCGAAACUGGCCUAUUACAAUGAUAUCGUAGUGGGAGCGGUGUGCUGUAGAAUAGACACAUCAGAUAACACGAGAAGAUUGUAUAUCAUGACUUUAGGGUGCCUGUAUCCCUACAGAAGAUUGGGCAUAGGCAGCCUGAUGGUUGAACAUGUGCUCAAGUUUGUGGAACAAGACGGAAAUUUCGAUAGCAUUUUCCUGCAUGUACAAGUUAAUAACGAGGGGGCAAUAGAUUUCUACAAAAAGUUUGGCUUUGAAAUAGUUGAGACAAAAGAACAUUACUACAAACGGAUAGAGCCUGCCGACGCUCACGUACUACAGAAAACGAUAAGACAACCUCAACCACUAAAUCUAGUUAAUGGGACCGUUCCUCAUGCAAAAGUUAAUGGACACGAUUGAAAGUCACAAGCUAGCUAACUAACUGUGGAAGUGAUAACCAAAUUGAGUCACACAUAGAUACUGAUUCUAAAAAGAAAAUAAUGUGAAACGGUAAUGAAAUAGGAUUAUGGUUGUGGACUUUUUGAGGCCAUAAUAUAGGUGUACGACUGAUAAUUGUCUAAUGUCAAUGUUUUUAUGUAAUAUACUGUUGGGAUUACGCAUGUUGUUGGACGUUGCAAUUUGAAUUGUGGUCUAUUAUACAAAUGAUGCAAUACCAAUACAUUGUCUAGCAUGUAACUGAUAAUUUUAAUAUCUGUAUAAAUAAUACAUUUAGGCGUUCUUUUAACUUCAUGGCAUAAAUUCUGUCUGUUUUCUACUGUACUUGUGACAUAAUGUAAGGUUAAUAUAAGUAUAGGUUUUCACAAUAUUUUGUUUAAUACGAAGUGUACGUAUCAACAUAAUAUGACACCUCGCAAUCAUUUGGUGUAUUGUUUUUAAUUUUUCUGAGUUUUAAAGUGUUAAUAUUCUUCUGUCAUUUCGUUUCAUCUCAUAUAAUAAAUUCUUUGUUAAUUUUUUAACAAAUUUUAUUUUCAUCAUAGUAUGUACCUAUAACAUGUUACCAAAACUUCUUCAUUUGAAAAAAUUUCAUUGGUCUCUGUUUUACUGGAACUUCUAAUUCAUGAAAUAAAGAUGAUGAAUUUUUA